AGAAACUCCAAAUUAAGAGAACAAUCGGUUGAAGUCCUUCGUGACCUCUUGGCCAGUCAUGAUUCAGAUAUCAGAUACACCAACUUCAGAUCAAGAAUAUCUUCAAUAUAUCUACCACUACUAUCAAUUGUAAUGGACAACUAUCACAGACUUUAUAAGGGUGCUGAUGGUUGGGAGAACCUGACAAACACGUUUGACCGGAAUACCGAGGUGCGUCGCUCGGUUGUCAUUAAGGAAGGAAGUGAUGGGUCACUGGAGAUUGAUGACGAGGAGAGUAGGUAUGAUCAGAUACUGGGUCCUGCUAGUACGAGAAACCUUUUAAUAUGUUUCCUUUGGGUUCUGAAGAACAUUGACCCAAUGCUUAUUAAACACUGGUGGAGUACCCUCUCUAUAUCAAGGCUCAAUCUCUUCCUCAAUGUUCUUGAUUUGUGUGUUGCUUGUUUCGAGUACAAAGGAAAACGUAACCUCAUGAACCAGCUCUCAGGAGCCUCGGUAGCGACCAGCAAGAACUCAAACAACAUGAAAGACCAGCUGGCUAACGCUAUCCUCUCUGGAGUGGGUACUGCUAAGGAGAGACUCCAGAGGAGGAGACAGCAGUCACAGGAUCCAGCAGCAGGUGGAUCACUUCGCUGGGGAAAGACCGUGUGGCAGGCAGCAGCUGAAUAUACUGAGAAACUCUUGAAGCACUGUAGCUCAUCAAUGGCUGACGUGAGGGCGUGGGCCUGUGCUUCUCUUUAUCUACUGAUGAGACAAAACUAUGAGAUUGGACAAAAUUUUGCUCGAGUUAAAGUUCAAGUUACGGUUGCUCUCUCUUCCAUUGUUGCUGGUUCCACGAAAUCGUUCAAUGAGCAUCAUUUGCGUCGAUCAUUAAAGACACUGAUACUGUAUGCUGAAGGAGAUGAUGAUAUGUAUCAGACUAGCUUCCCUGAACAAGUGAAGGAGCUUGCUAUUAAUCUUCAUCGUAUUCUGUUGGAUACUGUUAAAAUGAAGUCAUUCCAAAACGAUCAUGAGAUGUUAAUGGAUCUGAUGUACAGAAUAUCCAAAGGUUAUCAAACUUCUCCUGAUCUUCGUCUCACGUGGCUACAGAACAUGGCCAAGCAGCACAACGAGAAAGAUCACUAUACUGAGUCAGCAAUGUGUCUCACCCAUGCAGCUGCUCUAGUGGCGGAGUACCUGUAUAUGUUAGACGGGUCACAACACCUUCCGGUCGGCUGCGUCACGUUUCAAAAAAUAUCACCAAACAUGUUAGAGGAGAGUGCAAUAUCUGAUGAUGUCAUUAAUCCAGACGAGGAAGGUAUUGCUACCAGUAGAUUAUUCACUGAGUCUGGACUCAUUGGACUAUUAGAACAAGCAGCUCCAAUGUUUAGAGAAUCUCAGUUAUAUGAAGCAGCUGCUGAGAUAUAUAAGUUAGUUAUUCCGCUGUACGAGCACAGGAGAAAGAACCACAGUUUAGAGUCGGUUUAUAACAAGCUCUCGGACUGUUACAAGAGCUUGGCAAAGAAAGGGGACAGGAGGUUCCUUGGGAGUUACUUCAGGGUCGGGUUUUAUGGUUUCUGGUUCGGAGACCUUCACAUGAAAGAGUUUAUAUACAAAGAGGAGGCUCUAAUGAAACUGAGCGAAUUCUCUUUAAAACUAGAGAACCUUUACAGCGAGCAGUUAGGUUCUGAAAAGGUUGAGAUCAUCAAAGACUCAAACGAGGUCGACACUUCAAAACUUGAUGGAGGAAAGGCCUACAUACAGGUGACAUAUGUAGAGCCGUAUUUCGAGGACUGGGAACUUAAGAAGAGACUAACAGUAUUUGACAAAUCAUUCAACAUCAGACGUUUCUCCUUCAGUACCCCAUUCACACCAGGUGGUAAAGCUCAUGGUGAACUCCACAAUCAAUGGAUGAAAAGGACGGUACUCACCACUGAGAAGAGUUUCCCGUACGUUAAAAGGCGUCUGGAGGUCAUAAGGACUGAUACUGUUAAGCUUAAACCUCUUGAGGUAGCCAUUUUGAAUAUGGAAUCAAAAAUACACGAACUGAAGGCUGUCCUCAAUCGUACUCCUUGCGAUUCAAAAUUACUUCAAAUGCAGCUGCAAGGAGGAAUAGCUACAGCUGUUAACCAGGGUCCAUUUGCGAUUGCUAAAUGUUUCCUAGAGGAUGUUCCUCUACCUGAACAGGGAUAUCUUCAUCAUAAACUCAAAGUUUGCUUCAAAGAAUUCACCAAACGUUGUCAAGAAGCUCUUGAAAGGAAUGAGGAACUGAUUGGUGAGGAGCAGUACGACUAUCAGAGAGAACUUGUGAAGAAUUUCAAGAACUUCCAGAGUCAGCUACAACCAAUGGUCAGCACACAAAAGAAGAUGAGUCAUUCAAAGAAAGCAAGGUAAGUGAGGAAGGAGAGAGGGAAAGAGAACGGUUACUUAUAUGUGACUAUACCAUUAUUGACAGAAGGUACAUGUACCUUAUGGC